AUGCCCUACUCAUUUGCCUGGGUUUGCAAGGAUGUGGUCAAGAAACUUCAAGGAAGAGAUCUGAAUCCUGUCAAACGUCUGUCAGAUGCGAUGAAGUUCCGCCAGUUUGAGAUACUGCAGAAGAAUCCUCAGUCACUGUUUUGGAAAUCUGAAGAUACUCCAGUUGGAUACUCCCUUCUGCAAAUCUUAGAACCAAAUUGUCCAGUCCCAGAGCCUGAAGUGUCAUCUCCCAUCCCCCUCAAACACAAUCUAUCCUGGAAACUAAAGGCUAACGCAGGUGUCAACGCCAUUGUGGAAGGAAGUGCGUCAACCGGGUUUGUUCAGUCCUGUGUAUACGACAUCGAGGUCCGGUGUACUAGCAUCCCAGAUUCAAAACUGGAGAGUCUUCAAAACAGGAAACUUCUGGAUCGGGAGCCAUCAUUUGUGGAGGAUUGCAGGAUGGGAAUAAAGGACCUGUAUGUGGUGACAGAGGCCUUUGAAGUGACCAAGGAUGCUGUGCUGGAAGGGAGUAGCAGUGUAGAACUUUCAGGAAAAGUGGGCAUCCCCCACCUUGUCAAGGUUCAAGCCGAGGGACAGUGGCAAAGUGACAGAAUGGAUUCAGUGCCUAUUCCAAAGGGUGCAGUGGUGGCCUACAAGAAGAAGCAACUGGCCAUUGAGAAUGACACUUGUGCCAUUCUCCUUUCUGCUAAAGCUAAGAAGAAAACCUUUCUAGGUAUGCUUCAAUUGAUUCCCACAUCAUAUAAUGAAACCAUUGAGAUAGACUGGGAGAUAAAUUACAUCUCUCCAAUUGGAAAGAUAGAGGAACCCUUCCAUCUAGAUUUCAAUUGCCUACAAGAUGAGGUUUCCAGGAAAACAUGGGAACUGUCCAUGUUUUCAAAGGAUGUUCAAGAUGUCGUGUUCUCUAACCUCCUGCCCAUGCUCAGUGACAGGGAGAUUCUGUAUGACCUGAUGAACAUGCUGGAAUUGGAUCAGUUGGGGCAUAUGGAUGGCCCAGGUGGUAUGAUCCUAGAUGUGCUGCAACAGAACCCAUGGAUUGAACUAAAGAACCUCAUUCUUUAUCUCCUUCAAGCCCUAAUGGUGCUGAGUGAUACCCAACUCAGUCUGCUGGCCCAGUCUAUGGAGAAGAGGCUCCUCUUCCAGCAACGAGAGCUGGUAAAGAGCAUCCUGCAGCCGAACUUCAAGUAUCCCUGGAACAUCCCCUUCACUCUCCAGCUUCAGCUUCUUGCUCCACUCCAGGGUGAGGGCUUGGUCAUUACUUAUGAAUUGCUGAAGGAGUGUGGUCUGAAGAUGGAGCUGAAUAAUCCCAGGUCAACUUGGGAUCUGGAGGCCAAGAUGCCUCUGUCUGCCCUUUAUGGGAGUCUGUCAUUAUUGCAGCAACUUGUAGACGCCUAAAUCUUCCUCAAGGCCUGGCCCCAGCUCAGUCCAUGCUGAGUCCUGGAGACA